AUGCUCAUGCAUCUCUCCAACCCCUUGGAGACGCCUCAGCAGUUGCAGCGCUUCUUCGCCCAGGGAGCCGGGCGGAUGCUCCAUGUGGUCCGCAAGCCCUCGGACAUGAUCAUCUCCGGGUACAUCUACCACCGCCGACACCGCUCCAAAGGCGAGGCCUGGCUGCACUUCCGUGACCCCCCGGACUGCCUCAGCUGCGACCACGAGGCGUGGUCUCAAAUCUUCCAGCGGUGCGGCUUCACGUGCAGCUACCACCAGCUCCUGCGGAACGUGAGCACUCGGGAAGGCCUACAGCUUGAGGCUCUGCGGAGCCGCUGGGAUGUGAUGAAGAUGCUGCGGAAUGCCUGGGACUGGAAGGAGCUGACGAACAUCUUGCAGCGGCCCGGCGGAUCAUGGCGAAGUUCUCGUCACGGUUAG